CAAAAUUUUAUCAUAAUUUCCCUGGGCAGACUUGCUGUAUUUUUCAGUCUACACUUUUCAGCUCAAAAAGUUUCUGCAAAAUCAAGGUUAUUGAUUGGAAGCAAUGUAUAUUAUAAUUCUAAAAUAUAAAGGUUUAAUGCUAUCCAUGGGCUUCUUAAGAACUGUAUUAAGCUUCAAGAAACUGAGAGUUACAGGAGUGGACACUCAGUUUUCUAAUGAGCUCAUUUUUUUUAUGUGUGGGGGUUAGUAAAAAAGAUGUGGUAAAUACAGUCUUGCAUGAUUCAGUCUUGAAAAAUGUGACAAUUGGUCUUUUUUUCUGCAGUAGAUUGUAAUAACUUCAGAUUCCAACAGGAAACACAGGAGCAGUUUCACAGGGCAGCAGUGACAUGACAGUAUUUUCUUGCCUUACUUUUCUGAGCAGCCACCACUUCAUUUCUCUGUGCAGUUUCAUGCCACACUUCUGCUUUAGAGUGCUGCAUGUGCAGAUGCUUUCGCAGGAAGUGUGGAAGCGGAGCAGCCAUCAGAGGCCAAGGACCAUGCCUGUGUGCCUCUGUUAGCUGUUUGUUUAGAUUUUUUGGGCAGAGGAAUGAAAACAGAAAAAUUUGAUAAGCAUCAUUCCCAGCAGCAUGGUUCUAUGAAUCUUACAGUUGAAGAGUUAAAUCGACAAAAAAACUGAGGGAAGCAAUUUGAAAUUCAAUAACUUUUAUGUUUCAGUCAGCCAAUUCUGACAGUUCCAUAUGUAUACCAAAAAUUGCAGUGUUACUAAGUUAUGCUAUUGAGCAGUUAUUUAUCCACACAUUUUUUUCAGAUUUUGAUGCUGUUUGAUACUUUAAAAUGAGUUAUCUGAUGAAACUAUCUAACUUCACUUACUGCUUGUGUGUGCAUCAGAACUUCAUUUCUUCAUUUGUUUUAGUUGUCCCCAUUUCAUCCAGCUGGUGCUGUCCAGUCAAAAGAAAGUGAGUGCUCUUCUAUUUCUUAUUUGUGCAAGACUCACUUCUUAAGUUUGCAAGUUUUGCAACAGUUAAGGACCCUGAAUGCUUUUGAUGCUCUCAUGUGCAUCAGUGAGGGUAUGAUUUAUACACUUAAAAUUAUCAGAAUUAAGAUGAGUUAAGCCAUGAAGCUGCCUAUUAAUAACAGUGGUUAUGAUGCAACUUAAGAAAACAAAAAGAAAAAAAAUGGCUUAAUGUGAGAGAAAUGUGGGUCCAGCUGAAUAAGUCUGGAUCCACCAAGAGUAUUAAUCUGAGCCUGACCCUUUGAACACUGUGGGCAGUGUGUUUUCCAGCUGCUAGGUGAGACCUGUGGGCAAACUGAAAUACAGUGAAGCAAAGUUACUUCACAAAAGCUUGGGCUAAAGUUCACAAGGAGAGAAAAAGCAAUGAAGCUGUUUCAAUACAGUGUAUUUUAAUAUUUUCAGUACAUGUGAGCAGUAGCUGUUCACAUAAAUCUUACUUGAUCUCUUCUGACACAAAUACUAUUUCAGGAGCUGAAUCUCCACUUAAGAUGACAGGUAUUAAGUUUGAUUGUUUUGAGCUGAUGAGGAAACCUGCUUUUGUAAUGAAGAUUUCAGACCACAGGAGUGGGAAGCAAAGAAGAGCCUCUUUUGGAAGGUGUGAAGCAAAUGAUGAAUGUGUAUACUGGGGGUGGAAAGGGUUUCUGGCACACCUGCCAGAGCAUGUGUCAUCUGCUCUGACAGAAAACCAGGGCUCGUUUUUUGUCUCUUGCAGGGGCAGGCUCAGCACGUAUUAGAAAACACUGCCUGGUGCUCUUGCUGCCUGGCCUGGCCUCAAGCUAAACAGCACAGGCAUUGCUAAGCAGGUUUUGGGAUUUGUUUAGAGAGUUUGUUUUUUUGUUGUUCUUCUUCCCCCAACCCCUAAAAAUGGAGACACUGAUAUGGAUUUCUCCAUUUAGCUGUCUCUUCCUCCCCUGCACUCCCUGAUCUUUCAAGAGCUUCUUUACAGGAGCUGAUUACUGGUUGGAGGCAUCAGAAUUUCUCUGAGGGAAGAGACUUACACUGACACUCUAUGUCCAGGCAAGCACUGAGAGAGGGAAAAUGUGGCCAUUCUGUGUUUCUGUCAGUUCAGGAAAGAGAACUUUGCUGACAUACAUUAUAAAUAAAGUACAUAGGCUUUUGCCUCCUGCUGUCAUCUGUUUUGUUUGGACUUGAUUGAUGAACAUUUUAGGUUGAAUAGACAAAGUUCUGGAAUGGGACCAGAUUCUUUUCCUAGAUUUGUUCAUAGCUUGUCUGUGACUCUCAUGAACAUGCUUUAUCUCUCUGGGCCUAAUCAACCCUGAUGUUCACUUUUUGAAAGAGCUUGAAGGUUGACUAAUGAAAGUCAAGUUGUAAAUGGCAGGUAUGACUGUUUCUGUUCUUUUCUUCCUGCUCCCGUGCUCUAAAACCUUCACUAGAAAAGAGGAUUUUCUGAGCUGUCUAAACAUCUUCCAUCUCUGCCAAGGAGUUCUUGUGACAGUAUGUGUCAGAUAAUAAUGAGUAAGGCUUGCAUGGAGAGGGGCUGUUCACAUCUAAUGAAGACACUGGAACCAGGAAAACUGACUUUCCCCAAAACAAUUUGCUUGCAGAAAGCUUCUCUGUAAACACCUGCCUCUACCUGCUUGAUCGUACAAUUUCUUUAUUUGUAUUUUAGUCCUUAAUUCGUCUGCUUAAGUCCUGCAAUUCACACACGUUGAUGGAGUUCAUUUAAAUUCUAUCACUCUGCUUUACAAUGAAUUGUACCAUCUAUCAUUUACUUUUCCUGCUAGUAAUACAUAAACAUCCCAGUCAUCUCAAAAUAAAAUUAGUUGGUAUAUCUAAUCUUAUAGAGAUUUACCAAGUUUUUGGCAUCACUGGCAUGCAGUGAGAGCAGAACGAGAAAAAGCAAGAGCUCUAUCUAUUAGGAAUGAAACCUACUGUUGUAAACGUUCCUCUUUUUGUUUUCCCAUGGUUUUUGUUGAUAUUUGUUCUGUUUUGGCUGUUUGGUUAGUUAGUUUUGCCCAUUUUGGUGUUGUAAUGCAGUGCUAUUGAGGUGGAAGCAAUGCAGACCUUGCCCUGGUGCUGUGGUGCUGCAUGUCCUGAUGGUGUGGGAGCUACCAAGGCCUGGUGCCCUUUCAGUCUCCCUGGUUUGUGAAGUACUGUGUAAUCUUGGCAGUGCUCUGCAGUCAACUGCAGAAGACCUGAACAGAGACAAGAAUUUCAUAAAUUAACCAUAGCACAUACCCUUUUCCCACUGAAGUGUCAGGAAGAAGUAAUUAAUGUUGUACAGACAGUUUUACUUCUGGCGUUUUCUAAUGUUUGAGUAUUUGCAGCCUCAGCAUUCUUUUUGACAGUUUUCCAGAGCAGUAUAUAUUAGCCCAGAUGCUGUGCCUGGAAAGUCAGAAGUUGUGGAGAGAACAGGAAAUUUGAGGUAAUAUUUAUUCAGAUAAAUUUGCCAGGGACAGAGGUUUAGAGACAGCCUAGGACCAACUCUUCCUUUCCUGCAGGGCAGUAUGGAUAUUGCAAAUAUAUUUGCAAUAUAUUGCAACUGAUUCCUGAGCACUGGAAGAAAUUUCUUGAAUCCAAUCCAGAUUAAUUACUGUGUAAGGAAGGAUUUUUUUCCUCCAGGGAAUUGUUGUUGCCCUUGUUAACAGUGGUUGAGAUAGGUGCCUUGAAUGCUGCUGAAGAACUUGGAUGAAUGAAUAAAACGUGAAAAGAGCUUUCAAAACCUGCCUGAUGUCCUUUCUGCCAGCUGGUAAGUUACACCAGUGGAUUAUGAAGUGGAGUUGUGAGGAUGAGUUUUCUUUUAGACAGCAAAUCUUGAGACAGAAUGACAUCCCCCAGGGACAUCUCCGCUGUGAGAGGUGCAACAGCCUCAGAGAAAGCACUGGGCAAGACAGCAGGGGUGUGGUGGAAACAGCAAUUAAGAUCAGUAAUUGCCUUCUUGUGUUCUUUCUGCAGGGCUAUGUAUAUUUUUGGGCAAGCAGUCAGCACACAUGGAGUUCUUUGUUUUCUGCAGCCUUUUCCAGGUGUUUAGAUUCAUCCUGUCUGAUGGAAUUAAAGACACUCCUUUGGGGAGCACUGCACAGCCCCAUCCCUUUAAGUUCCUGAAUUUGCAAUGGAAGAGUCGUGGAUUUCCUCCUGGACCAACGCCAUUUCCCAUCAUUGGAAGCAUCUGGUGGAUAAACUUUAGAGCUGAUCAUGGCAGCCUGAAAAAGCUGGCAGAAACCUAUGGCAACAUCUGCACCCUGUGGAUGGGUCACAGACCUAUGGUGGUGCUCUAUGGGUUCCAAGCUGUGAAGAAUGGUCUCACCAACAACUCGGAGGAUGUUUCGGGGCGACUGCAGACCUUCAUUUUCAACAAAAUGGCAAAUGGAAAGGGUAUCUUGGUCUCAAAUGGUCUCAACUGGAAACAACAGAGACAUUUUGGAAUUGGAACUCUCCGAAAACUGGGAAUGGGGAAUAAAGGAAUGGAGCGUGGGAUACAAACUGAGGCCCAUUACCUGGUUGAGUUCUUCAGAGACAAAGAGGGAGAAGCUGUUGACCCUUCCUUCCCCAUUGUCCAUGCUGUCUCCAAUGUGAUUUGUGCUGUGGUUUUUGGACAUCGUUUCUCCCUAGAGGAUAAAACUUUCUGCCAGCUGAUUCAAGCCUUCAAUUCUAUAGUGGCUUUUGGGAACAGCCACUAUUAUUAUCUGUGUGAAGUGUUCCCGUGGCUUGCAGAGCACCUCCCAGGACCUCUCCAUAAAGCAAGAUAUUCCCGGGAUUUUGUUCGUUCUUUUGUAAGGCAGGAAAUCAAAAGCCACAGGGAAAAGGGCAGAAUAGAUGAACCAGAAGAUUUCAUUGACUUUUACCUGAAGCAGAUAGAGAAAACUAAAAAUGUUCCCAAUUCUACAUUUGAUGAAGACAAUAUGGUGCAGUCUGUUUUUGACCUUUUCCUGGGUGGCUCAGAAACCACAGCCACCACUCUGCGCUGGGCUCUGCUCUUUAUGUUGGUUUAUCCUGACAUCCAAGACAAAGUCCAGCAAGAGCUGGAUGCUGUUGUGAGUCCCUCCCAUCUGAUCUGCUACGAGGACCGGAAGAAGCUGCCGUACACGAAUGCUGUGGUUCAUGAGAUCCUCCGCUUCAGCAGCAUCAUCUUAAUCACACUUCCUAGAGAAGCUGUGAAGGAUACCACUGUUCUGGGGUAUCAUGUUCCAAAGGGCACUCUAAUUAUGGCAAAUAUAGACUCUACUCUUGUUGACCCUGCCUAUUGGGAGAUGCCUCACCAGUUCAACCCUGGACAUUUCUUGGACAAGGAUGGAAAUUUUGUGACCCGCGAGGCCUUCUUAGCCUUCUCAGCAGGUCACCGUGUUUGUCUGGGAGAGACGAUGGCCAAGAUGGAGCUUUUCAUCAUUUUCUGCAGCCUGUUGCAGAAAUUUAAGUUCACAGUACCAGAAGGAGUUAAGGAAAUCAACACAGAUAUUAUCUUUGGGAGCACCAUGAAACCCCAUCCAUAUAAACUCUGUGCAGUUCUGCGUUAGGUUGCUCAGCAUUAGAAGUUUUAGAGGUACAGACACAGUUUUGGUAGUGUGCUAGGAUUUGUGUAGCUUUAUGGUUCUCAUUUUUAGCUCAAAUUCAGUGCAAUUGUCUCCUGUGUUAUGUCUUAGAAGCCAGCCCUGAAAAAUAUUCUGGUAUUCCUGUGUCUGGAAAGUGUCUGCACUUUCUUUUUUCUGCUGUGUUACAAAUGAAAUAAACGGAGACAAUUAU